UUUCGUGGCACGGUCUCACACCUUACCUCAUCUUGCAGAAGAAGCUCAUGGUCCACUAUCUGCUGCUCCAGAGUCAAGGCCAGGUCCCGCCCCAUGUCACCACGGAGCACAUGAGCAACUGGCUGGUGUCUCAGAGCAAAAAAUCCCUUAGGGAGAGGGUGUGGAAGGAAACCCUGGAGGAGGGAAACGACCUCGCUCGGCUGGCCUGGGAAGUAAACACUUGCCUAAAAAUGAUGGACAUAGAGCACGAGGCUUUCUGCAAGCUCCGCCGCUCCAUGCACUCCACCUCGCCAGCUGACAUCGAUCCUAAAGUCCACAGCAUCGUGGAGAGAGCUGUGAGGAGCAUUCUGGGCGAGCAGUCCAAUGAGCCCCGUAGCAACCUGCUCAGCCCAUCUCAGGUGGUGGUGGAGGUGGUGCCCAGGCUUCUCCUGGCCCUGUGGCUUAAGCCUGAGGAAGGCCAUUCAGAGCACCCAAUCCUAAUAAGCGGGAUGGCCGUGGGUAUGGUGGCGGCCGUAGAGGAGAAGCUCUCCUGCAUGCUAAAGGACCCUUCCCCUCACAUCCCUUUCUCCCGGGCUGCUGCUUUUGACUCUGUGCGGUCGAUCCUCGGGAGAAUCAGUCAGUCCUUCUCCACGGAUGACCUCCAGAGCCCUUUUUAUAUGAGCUCGGUCUGUGCCUUUGUGGCGGACGAGGUGCAGAGCUGCUUCCAGCCCUCUGCAACCACCCUACCAGUCCCCCCUGUCCUCACGGUGGCCGUCUCCACCACAUUACCAGCUGACAUCCAAGCAGUAGAGCUCAUCAGGAUUGUUGUUGACACCCAUAACACAGACCAGGCUUCAUCCCACCUGGAGGUUGUGGACACCACCGUUAACACAGAGGCAGACCAGGCUUCUUCCCACCUGGAGGUUAUGAACAUCACCCCUAACACAGAGGCAGACCAGGCUUCUUCUCACCUGGAGGUUGUGGACAUCACCCCUAAGACAGAGGCAGACCCGGCUUCUUCCCACUUGGAGGUUGUGUACAUCACCCCAAAGACAGAGGCAGACCCGGCUUGUUCCCACCUGGAGGUUGUGGACAUCACCCCAAAGACAGAGGCAGACCCGGCUUGUUCCCACCUGGAGGUUGUGGACAUCACCCCAAAAACAGAGGCAGACCCGGCUUGUUCCCACCUGGAGGUUGUGGACAUCACCACUAACACAGAGGCAGACCCGGCUUCUUCCCACCUGGAGGUUGUGGACAUCACCCCUAAUACAGAGGCAGAGCCCAUCUCUUCCCUCUUGGAGGUUGUGGACGUCACACCUGAAGAAAGGACUCUCACGAUGGCCGUCUUCGCCACUCUGCCAGCUGACAUCCAAGCAGAGGAUGUUGCUGUGGUCAUCCCGGAUGUCACCCCACACGUCACCAAGGACGUCACACAGGAUGUUCCAUGCAGAGCUAGGAAAAGGGCAGUCCGGCGAUUAUUUUGCAGGCUUUGGAAGGCAGUGUGCUGCUGCGCCUGCCACAAGGAAGAGGAGGAACAAUAUUAAUUAUUCAUCAGACCUUCAGAAAUGGGAUUGAACCAUAGACCAUUAAAUUAUUUGCAUUAUGAUUGGAUUCAAUUCUGCUUUUCUUCUGUUUACUACUUAAUAUCAGAACAUUUCUAUAAACUUUCAUUUUGCAAGUGUGGAGUAGGUUGUGUAAAUAAGUGGGAAACAUCCCAAUUUUAAUGCUUUUAAAAAUGUACUUUGUACAUUUAAGAAAAAUGUAUUAUUUGACAACAAAAAAACAGAGGGCGCUCAACCAACGUUGAGUUGAGGUGCAACCAAAAAUUUGAAUCAUCAUAGAAAAGGAAAAACCGCAGCUCUUUCUCACUAUUAAAAAAAAGCAUUGUUUUAUUCAGGCAAGGUUAAAAGAUUAACGUUUCGGCCUAGUUUAUGACCAUAUGCAAGUUGUGUUUGCCCAGUAAAAAGGUGACCCAGAUUCACCCUGGUUCUUGAGGGUUGAAGACAGUGAAGAAUGAUCAUUAAGUAAAUGGGACUUUUCAAUUCUUGAAUAAAAUUCUUUAAUGAA